AUGCCCCGGGCACACAUGAGGGUCGAGGAACGGCAACGUUCGGCGAGAGCUUGCUUGUCGUGCAAAACGUCCAAGAUCCGCUGCGACUCCGAGUUGCCAUGCACGUCGUGUGUUAGACGCGGCCGGACUGACACCUGCACUUAUGGGGACCCUUUCAGGAACAACCGCUUCCCCCCUCACAAAGGUCAUGGAACUCAGAACCGCCCACCGAGGGUCCAGGGCGCAAAGAGAGCUUCGGACGCCCGUGACCUGCCAUCAGAGCAGCCUCCGUCGGUUGCGUCAGCCAUCUCUCCAAUAUCGGCAGUAGGUUCCAGUAUGGGCAACCCUGCAGCGGCUUAUCCUUCCCCUGACCGGGGGGCCAUGUGCAACCAACAAGGCCAAGCAGUUUACACUGGCUCCGGCACCAUUUCUUCCUUUCUCGACUUUCUGAGAGAGAGUGUCAGGCGGCACGUCGGGCCCACCCCCUUCAGCGAAGGCAACGGUUUUGACAGCAUGCUGGAAGAAGAAGACUAUGGUGAGCAUGAAUCUGCGCAGCUUGACCAAGACAAGACGGCAAAACGUGACCUCUUUACGUCUUUUCUUGAAGUGACCAGCGGGAUUCUUGAUAUUCUCACUCUGGAUGAGUUCAUUGAAAUCACCGACAGUGACUCACAGUCACAGCCCUGUGAGUCAAGACGUGAGGAUACUGCAGCAGCCUCUGUGGCCAUGGCUAUUGGCGCUCAAGCACUCGGAAAGUCCAACAAGGCCCUGUCCGCCGCAUUCUUGGCCAACGGCCAAAAGAUUGCCUUCGAAGGCCUGCUGCAGCAUGCUAGACCCAGCACGGUCAGAUUGUUUAUACUCAUGUCUUACUAUAUGCUCGGAGCCUGUCGAAAAACCACAGCCGUGAUGUAUUUGGGUAUCGCGUCAAAGGCCGCCAUGAUGUUGGGAUUUCACGAACUGGGGAUUCGAGAAGACAUUGGGGAGCCAAAAAAGCCUUCCAUUCGACAGAUCUGGAAGAGCCUUCAGAUUCUUGACACUUUGCUCAAUUGCCUCGUCGGAACCACGGGAGGGCUCCUCGAGAUACAGUCCAUGGACCAGACACAAGAUUUCACAAAGAUUCGUGACAUCGGUUUCAACAUCACCCUAAAAGGAUGUGGUGUGUUGGCUGAACUCAAUCAGAGACAGCGCCAGGGCACGCGCAUGGAAAUUCCAGGUGCUGAGGAAAUCCUGGAAAAGCUUCAGGCCUUUGGUAAAGACGUCUCUCGUGACCUGCAUCCUCUCGGAGAGCUUGGCCAGCUACCUUGUACUCCCGAGGCAAGACAAGACAACUUGGCCAAGUUCCACGCGUCAUGUCUCUACUAUCUCGGGGUUACCCUAGUCACACGCCCGUUCCUGAUAUUUACACUCGGACAUGGACUAAACGGCGCCCCAAUGGAAGAUUCAAAACAUUCGUCCGACUCGAGAAUCCCUAGGCUUGCUCAAGCCUGUGUAGUCUCGGCCAAGUAUCUGGUGGCCGCAUGCAAGAAUCUUACUGCAUGCGAUAACCUGUUUACCAACCUGUGGCUUGUUCAACUUUGGUCUUUGAUGGGCGGAUUAACCUUGGGCUUUGCGAUCCUGUCCGGAGAGGCUGGCCAGGAUCUCAAGGAUGGCUUCGAUGAUGCAACCGAUAUUCUGUCCCAGCCGGAGCACCCAAAACAAGCCAGUAGCCAGAUGUACAAUGCUAUGCGCACCUUUAAGGAUGCCAUCAACCGCCAACAAGAGCAACAGGCGGACGAGAGGCGUCGCGCAGCUUUGCAAUACGUGGAUCAGCUGGCCACGAUUGGCUCAACUCAACCCGGGCCAACCGAGUCGCGAAUGCUGCUGGAAAACUUGGUAGGUCUAGAGUAUGAUGACUGUUUCGAGUGGUCGAUUCCGGACACCCUGUCUGAACUUGAUCCCCUCACGAGUUUGGGCAUUGCCAAGGAUGAGAUUCUGGUGGAGCUGUCAGGAGACUUGCAGAUGGACUAUAGCUUAGAUUUACGUACUGGUUGA